CUCCAGCAUGACUCUUGAGCGCGAGCUUCGCCAGUUGAGCAAGGCCAGGGCCAAGGCCCAGAGGGGCGGGCAGCUGCGCGAGGAGGCCGCCCUCUGCCACCAGUUGGGGGAGCUCCUGGCCAGCCAUGGCCGCUACACAGAGGCUCUGGAGGAACACCGGCAGGAACUGCAGCUUCUGGAGAGCGUCGACGAUUCCCUGGGUUGUGCCGUGGCCCACCGCAAGAUCGGAGAGCGCCUGGCUGAGAUGGAGAACUACUCAGCUGCCCUGCAGCACCAGCACCAUUACCUGGAGCUGGCCCGUUCCCUGUCCAACCACAUCGAGUUGCAGAGGGCCUGGGCCACCAUCGGCCGCACCCACCUGGACAUCUAUGACCACUGCCAGUCAAGGGAUGACUUGCUUCAGGCACAGGCUGCCUUUGAGAAGAGCUUGGCUAUCGUGGAUGAACAACUGGAGGGGACACUGGUCCAGGGAGAGCUGAGCGAGAUGAGGACCCGACUCUAUCUCAACUUAGGCCUCACUUUCGAGAGCCUGCAGCAGACAGCCCUGUGCAAUGAUUACUUCAAGAAGAGCAUCUUCCUCGCUGAGCAGAACCACCUCUAUGAGGACUUGUUCCGUGCCCGCUACAACCUGGGCACCAUCCACUGGCACAGAGGGCAGCACUCCCAGGCCAUGCGCUGCCUGGAAGGGGCCCGGGAGUGCGCACGUACCAUGAGGAAGCGGUUCAUGGAGAGUGAUUGUUGCCUGGUGAUCUCACAGGUUCUCCAAGAUCUAGGGGAUUUUCUGGCUGCAAAGAGAGCCCUGAAGAAGGCCUACCGGCUAGGGUCCCAGAAGCCUCUGCAGAGAGCAACAGUCUGCCAGAAUCUCAAGUAUGUGUUAGCGGUGGUCCAGCUACAACAGCAGCUGGAGGAGGCCGAGGGUGGUGACACUCAUGGUGCCAUGGCCAUCUGUGAGCAGUUGGGGGACCUGUUCUCCAAGGCAGGUGACUUCCCCAAGGCAGCUGAGGCUUACCAGAAGCAGCUGCACCUCGCUGAGCUGCUGAACAGACCAGAGGUCGAACGUGCCAUUAUCCAUGUGUCCCUGGCUACCACAUUGGGAGACAUGAAAGAUCACCGUCGGGCCGUGUACCACUACGAAGAGGAACUGAGGCUACGCAAUGGCAAUGCCCUGGAGGAAGCCAAGACCUGGUUCAACAUUGCGCUGUCUCAUGAGGAGGCUGGUGAUGCCUAUGAGCUGCUGGCCCCAUGCUUCCAAAAGGCUCUUAGCUGUGCCCAGCAGGCCCAGCAGCCCCGACUACAGAGGCGAGUUUUGGAGCACCUCUACACUGUACAGCUGAAGCUGCAACCUCAGGAGGCCGCUAGCACCAAAACCAAACUGCAGGAACUAAGUGUGACUGAAAGCGAGGAGGACGAUGAGGAGGAGGAGGAGGAGACAGGGGUGGUGGAGACAGCAGCCAGUGAGGCCCUAGGAGCCAGCGAGAUGGAGCUCUCAGAGAGUGAGGAUGACACUGAUGGCCUGUCCCAGCAACUAGAGGAAGGUGAGGAGCUUCGGGUCCACCGGGGCCGGCGGAAGGGGAGCAAGUGGAACCGGCGCAAUGACAUGGGAGAGACCCUGCUGCACCGAGCCUGCAUUGAGGGCCAGCUACGCCGCGUCCAGGACCUUGUGAGGCAGGGUCAUCCCCUGAACCCUCGAGACUACUGUGGCUGGACGCCUCUGCAUGAGGCCUGCAACUAUGGGCAUCUGGAGAUCGUCCGCUUCUUGCUGGACCAUGGGGCCACAGUGGACGACCCUGGUGGCCAGGGGUGCGAAGGUAUCACCCCCUUGCACGAUGCUCUCACCUGUGGCCACUUUGAGGUAGCCGAGCUGCUUAUUGAGCGGGGGGCAUCUGUCACCCUCCGAACUAGGAAGGGCCACAGCCCACUGGAGACACUACAGCAGUGGGUGAAGCUGUACCACAGGGACCUGGACUUCGAGACUCAGCAAAAGGCUAGAGCCAUGGAGAGGCUGCUCCAGGCAGCUUCCUCGGGCCAAGCUCCCCACAACUCCCAGGCCUCCCAGCCCAUCCCAAGUAACCAUCUGUUUGACUCUGAGACUUCUCCUCCCUCAAGCCCCUGCCCAGAACCCUCCUCUCAUACCCUUAGACACCCAGAGGCCUCUCAGGCCCGAGUCAGGGUUUCUGCAGGGCAGGCAGUGCCAGCUGUGGCCAGACCUGGGAGGAGGAGACACAGGCCAGCCAGCAACAGUGGCAGCUCAGAAGGCGAGGACAGUGUGGGUGCCUCCUGGCCAUCCCAGAAGAGGCCUCGGAGCUCUGCCCUGGCACCACAGGCUGAAACCCGGAAAGCCAGCAAAAGGGAGGCAGCCACAGCCAGCACUAGCUGGGUGGCUUACCAAGCUGCCAUCCGAGGUGUGGGCAGUGCCCAGAGCCGACACCUGGGACCUGGCCUGCCUCGUGGCCAGAGUGAAGCCCUCACCCGCCAGGCGGCACUUAUCCCUGAGGAGGAGUAUCUGACUGGGGACUGGCUGGAGUUCGAAACACCCCUGAUCCACAGCCACCAGGGCAGCUUCCAGCCUCAUCCACAGGACACUGGGGACAGCAGCAGGCCCAGUGCCUCAGGAUCAGAUAGCGAGGAGCACCCCAUCAGGCCCCGGACCCGGGCCAAGCAGAUUCACUUGACCAGUCUGGAAAGUUGGAGUGCACCGGUCAAAGCAGGGGACAGCAGCUUAGCUGCAGAACCUCCAGGAAGUCCCAGGACCUUAGGGCCCACUGGGGACAACCCCACAGUAGGUCAACCUUCGGGUUCAGUCCUGCCCCCUCCCAUCCGGGUUCGAGUUCAAGUUCAGGAUAAUCUCUUCCUCAUCCCUGUCCCACAGAGCAGUGAGGCCCACUCUGUGGCCUGGCUGGCUGAGCAAGCAGCCCAACGCUACUACCAGACUUGUGGGCUGCUACCAAGGCUUACCCUACGGAAGGAGGGGGCCCUGCUGGCCCCACAGGACCCCAUCCCCGAUGUGCUGCAGAGCAAUGAUGAGGUACUGGCUGAAGUGACUUCAUGGGACCUCCCCCCACUUAUUGCCCGCUCCCGCGGGGCCUGCCACAGCCUGGGGCAAGGAGAGCACCAACAGGUGCUACAGGUCAUGGAGCGCCAGGGCUUAGGCCCCUCAUUCAGCGCCUGCUCCCUGGCCCUGUGCCAGGCCCAACUCAUACCCCUGUUGCGGGCCUUGAAGCUACACACAGCACUCCGAGAGCUACGCUUGUCAGGGAACCGGCUGGGGGACGGAUGUGCUGCCGAGCUGCUGGCUGCCUUGGGUACUAUGCCCAGCCUGGCCCUCCUUGAUCUCUCUUCUAAUCACCUGGGCCCUGAAGGCUUGCAUCAGCUUGCCACAGGCCUGCCCGGCCAGGCCACCCUGCAGAACUUGGAGGAGUUGGACUUAAGCAUGAACCCUCUGGGGGAUGGCUGUGGCCAGGCCCUGGCCUCCCUUCUGCAUGCCUGCCCCUUGCUCAGCACGCUGCGCCUGCAGGCCUGCGGCUUUGGCCCCAGCUUCUUUCUGAGCCACCAGACAGCCCUGGGUAGCGCCUUUCAAGAUGCUGCAUGUCUGAAGACCUUGUCCCUGUCCUACAAUGCCCUGGGUGCCCCCACCCUGGCCAGGGCCCUGCAGAACCUGCCCGCCCGCACCCUUCUGCGCCUAGAGCUUGGCUCCGUGGCCGUCAGCAAGAGUGAUGUGGGCCUCCUGGAGCCCGUGGUCAGAUACCUGACUAAGGAAGGCUGUGCUCUGACCCACCUGACCCUAUCUGCAAACCACCUGGGUGACAAGGCUGUGAGAGACCUGAGCAGAUGUCUCCUUCUCUGUCACUCACUCAUCUCGCUGGACCUCUCUGCCAACCCUGAGAUCAGCUGUGCUAGCCUGGAGGAGCUUCUGUCCACCCUCCAGAAGCGGCCCCAAGGCCUUAGCUUCCUUGGCCUGUCAGGCUGUACCGUCCAGGGGCCACUAGGCCUGAGCCUCUGGAACAAGAUCACCGAGCAACUUCAGGAGCUGCACCUGUGCAGCAGACGCCUCUGCGCCGAUGACCGGAACGUGCUUCGCCAGCUGCUGCCCAGUCAACCAGGCCGUGGCGAAUGCACGCUGGACCAAGGCUCCAAGCUCUUCUUCCGGCGCUUCUGA